AUGGGCUAUCCGAGACGUCCACUUCCAAUCUCCCCACUGGCCGUCAAGUCGUAUCCAGUCUCCGUUUUGCCACCAUGGGUCGAAAAGACCGCGAAAAGAAACCUGCAGAAGGUCCUUUUGGCUGAGGGUCCGGCUGAUACUUCAUCUACUUCAUCCGCGUAUUCAGCUGAUCGUGAUUCUCACAAUGUCAAUGACAAGGAACCGGAGGUGUUGACCGAAGCCUACACGGAUGUUGAUGCUACCAACAAGAAAUAG